AUGCCAUCGAGUGACGCACUUCAACCACACCUCCAACCCGCCGAAAGGGCAAUCGUCAAAUCUUAUGGAGGCUGGACCAACUUUUGUGUCAGUUACGGCUUGAAACCAUGGGAGAUGGAUCAGAACAAUGAAGCACUUGCUAUCGUCAGUGCACUAGCCAAGAUGGAUGAGGAGAAUGAGAAGAAAGGUAAAGGCAAGAAAUAG